AUGGGUCGUCUUCACAGCAACGGAAAGGGCAUAUCAGCCUCCGCCAUCCCCUACUCCCGCAACCCCCCUGCGUGGUUGAAGACCACCCCGGAGCAGGUUGUCGACCAGAUCUGCAAGCUCGCCAGGAAGGGUGCUACUCCUUCUCAGAUCGGUGAGAUCCUCCGUGACUCUCACGGUGUCGCCCAAGUCAAGGUUGUUACCGGCAACAAGAUCCUCCGCAUUCUCAAGUCGAGCGGCCUGAGCCCCGACAUCCCAGAGGACCUCUACAUGCUUAUCAAGAAGGCCGUUGCCGUCCGCAAGCACCUCCAGACCAACCGCAAGGACAGGGACAGCAAGUUCCGCCUCAUUCUCAUCGAGUCCCGUAUCCACCGUCUCUCCCGUUACUACAAGACCGUCGGUGCCCUCCCCCCUACCUGGAGGUACGAGAGCGCCACCGCCUCUACCCUCGUCGCAUAA